AUGGUGUAUUUGGUUGCAAUUCCUUGUGAUCACCAUGGUUCAGAGGGACUAUUGAAGAGAGCUGCUUAUCUUUUGGUGCUUUGGAGUUUACAAGAUCACAGCUAUGAAUUGCUAAGUGAAUCAUAUCAGCCAUGGGGAAGCGUUUAUGUCUUUUGGUGGUGUCAACCUUUAUUGCGUCUCGGGUGGUUGGUUACCAAGCAACGGGCGAUUUCUCUGAAGAGUGUCCGCCAAUGCAAGUCUCUUGUGAGUGGAUUGUAUCAGCAACAAACAACAGCAUUCAUAUCUUUGGUGCCAUAUCAACCCUCAUCCCAUCAUCCAUCUGGUGCUUUCCAUUACCUGCAAUUUGGUGAACCUCCUGAAACAAAGGUCCCUUAUCGAUCGAUCAUGUCAGCAACAAGGAGCAGGUUUAUACCUUUGGCGUCAGCAAGCUUUCGAUCAUCUCGUGGUUCUGAUUAUCGACAAUUCCUUUGA